AUUUAUUAUCACAUAGUUUGCUCCUUUUUAACCACUUCCCGUCCGGCCCAUAUAUAUAAACAGCCGGAUGGGAGCAGUGCAGGGGCGAGUGGCCGUUUAUAAAUGGCCUCCCUGCACCCUGCUUGUGCGUGCUCCCUGGGAGCACGCAACACCGAUCGUUGUACGGGACCUCUGUGUGAGGUCCCGAUCAUUGAUCACAUGAAGAGUAGUAAGCAAGAUGCCACUUCUGACAUCAUUGCUUACUACAUGUGAAAUCUGUGAAUGAUCACAGAGGUCACAUGGUACAAGGCUAUUCACAACAACCUGUACCAUGUGACAAGCUGUGACCAAUCACAGCUCACACAGUAUUUCUCAAUGGCUGCAAGACUACAGCC